AUGGAAAACGGGAAGAUCGUAACUUGGCAAGACCUUCCGAUGAGAUUCAAAGUAGACGUCGCGACAUUGUUGGAUCGAGAUUCCAGACUCGCCUUCCAACUCACCUCCAGAGCCGAAAACGACAUUGUUUCUCGUUGCCCAAUCAAUCUAAAAUCACUUUCCAUAUCGAGCUUCUACUGUGGCAAACGUCCUAUUCCAGAGAAACAACAAUUCUCCUUCCGAUACUGCGUCCAACUCCCCAAUGACCGAGUAGCUGUCACUGAAAAACGUUACAUCAGAGACAGGGCCGUAGAAGAAUUUGUACGGAUUUUCAAGCACAAAAAGACCACGGUCAAGACAUUGAGACUGACUGCCGGAAGAAGAAUGGAUGACUUUUUGAAGAACGCUGUCACAGGAAUUGUCUUAUUGAAGAAGGAACAGUGCCCGAAGUUUGUUAUCCGUGUGACCGAAAUUGAUUUUCAUGGAAACUUGGUGGCCGAAUUUUGUGAACUUCUUCCAUUCUUUGACACUUCUAUUCUGAUGUCCAUCAAAAUUGAAGGGUACGACAUUGAACCAGAGGUGGUGAGCAUGUUGGUGGCCACGGAGCAGUUCAAGAAGGCUAAAAAAGUUUCCAUCAUGCCGCUGGUGUCAGUUCCAAUUGACAACUUCCUUCAUUUGAAUACUUUCGAAGUGAAAUUGGCGUCUGCAAAGCCGGAAGAGGUUGUGAAAGUUGUUAAGAAUCUCGGAAUCUCAGAAUCUCAGAAUCUCAGAAUCUCAGAAUCACAGAAUCUCAGAAUCUCAGAAUCUCAGAAUCUCAGAAUCUCAGAAUCUCAGAAUCUCAGAAUCACAGAAUCUCAGAAUCUCAGAAUCUCAGAAUCGCAGAAUCUCAGAAUCUCAGAAUCUCAGAAUCUCAGAAUCUCAGAAUCUCAGAAUCUCAGAAUCUCAGAAUCUCAGAAUCUCAGAAUCUCAGAAUCACAGAAUCUUUGA